UAUUAAUUACUUGGUUUGAUAGAUUUUUAAUCAAAUUUGACUGGAAGAAAAAGUGAUUUCAAAUUAUAAUAUUAUCACUCAGCAAAGUAGAAUUAGGAUUUUUAAAAUAGAGCAAUGUAGUCAUAAUCAGAUGCUCCAAAUAAAUAGGAAAUGGUGGAAUAGCUAUUAGCAGAAAUGGCUCCAGAGAUUACCAAAGAGAUAGUGAAGGAAUUAAGAGAUAAAUAUGAGAAUUAAUUUUAAGAAGAAGUUUAAUUACUUAAGCUUAAGGCGAAGCAGAGUUGUGAAAGUAUUGUCGAAGAGAAAAUUGAGGAAAUUUAUAGGGAUUAGUUACAAGAAUAUAAGAAAAGAAAGGGUGAAUAGGAAGAAAAAUAAAAGGAAUUGAAUUUUUUAAAGCUUAAUGUAAUGACAGAAGUUGAAGCAAGUGUUCAUGAAAAAUGCAUGCAACAGCUAGAAGAGGAAAAGGAAAAGUUAUUAAAAAAAUUUCAUGAAGAACAUAAUUCUAAUAAAAAGUAAACAUAGCUAGAAAAAGAAAUUAAUGAACGCAUAGCUUUAGAAUUUAAGGAAUAAAAAACAUUUGAAAUUCAACGUAAAGAAAAGCUCUUAAAGCUUAAUUACAAGAAAAAAUUUGAAGAGGAGAAGGAACAUUUAUAGAAAGAAUACUAAAAUAAUAUAGACCAAGAUUUCUAAAAGUAAAUGCAAUAAAUAGAGUAGCAGCGAGCUGAAAUUGCCAAAGCUACUGCGACCAACAAUUUGAAAGUGUAGCAAUCUAAAGAAGAAAGAUAACUCUUAUUGUAAGAAAAAAAAGACUUGGAUAAAGAAUAUAAUUCUAUGAUUUCUCAGUUGCAGCAAGAUUUGCAAAACUUAAAAUAAGAAUUAGAGUAGCUAUAAUAAUAACAGCAGCAGUAGUAAUAGUAAUAAUAGUAAUAGAUUUUAAUGAGUAGUGAUAAAAAGUAAUAAAAAGCUUUUAAUAAAGAGUAUGAGUAAGAUUAAAGAUAUUUGCAUUUGAGAUAAUAGUAAGAAGAUGAUUUAGGUUAUAAUUAUGAUGAUUAGUAGCAUGUGAAUGCAUAAAAUGAAAAUAUUCACUAAGAUGAUUUAUUGAGAAGAAAUAAUUUAUUUGCCUAAACUCAAACAAAUAUGAAUGAUUAUUUUAAUUAAAUGAACAACAGCUAGUUACCUUAUUUAGAAGAACCAAAAAUGGGUUUGACUACUUAGCUAUUUAACACUAACUAACUCCAAAACACUAAAUCUCCUUUUCUUUUAUCAUUAACAAAUAAACUGAAUCUUAACCAAACUAAUGUUGAUCACAAUAGGAUUAUGUAAUAAUUUGAAGAGAGCUAAAAAAUAAUGCCUGCUGGUAUUAAUUUACUGGCACCUCCUUAGCCUCUUUUCUUGCCAAAUGGUGAAAAAUUUAUUUCAAGAGAAAAGAACAGUUUAUUUGAGUAGUAAGAAAAUGAGAAUAAACAAGAAUAAUAAAUUCAUCAACAAAGUGCUUUCUAACCUUUGAAGGAAUACAACACUGCAGAUUUAGCAGCAAAACUUCUAGAUUAAAUACAAUAAAAUAAAUAGUCUAAUUAGCAGUUAUCUAUGUUUAACAAAUUACCAUCUCUGUCUUAACAAUUUUCGAAGAUGUUUUUAAAAGAAGUUUCUAACACAACAAGUACAAAAAGUGCAAUUUAAGAUGAUAAUUAAAAAGAGAACAUAUUAAUUAAAAAUUAACUUCAAGUUUAAAUUAAUUAAAACCUUGAAUAACCUUAAAAUAAUAACUCAAAUAAUGCAUUUGCUAAUGAUAAAUAUGAAAGCGUUCUAUUAAGAUUAAAAGAAAAGCUUGGCAGUUAUAAUUUUGAGUAUGAAUAAGAAAACAAUAAUUAAAGUAAACUGACAGAAUCAAAAACUCAAGAAACUAAAAAUAAAAAUGAUUUAAGUGUAAAGACUUCAUUGACAUUUAAUUGCAACAAAUAAGAAGGAUCGAGAUACGAGCAAGCCCUAAGUUAAGAAAUGAAGACCUUGCCUAAUUCUAAAAGAGGAUAAAAAAAACCUUCUAGUUUGUAGUAAAUAUUGCAACAAUAGCAAGUUACAGGACCUAUGACAAAAUAUAAACAAAUAUUUUUAGUUAAUGAGCAGGAUAAUCCAAAAAAUAGAAAGCUUAAACUUCUUCAUAGCAAAAUUUCUGAACUAUUAAAUAAUGAGUAUGAAUUAGAAAUUAAAAUUAAAAUACUAUAAGAAAAAAUAUUCUCAGAAUACAUUCCUUCUCUAAAUGCUUCUGAAGAAACUUAAAAAGACCUUAUAAAAGAGUUUUAGAAUAUUUUGUAUUUGUGGGAAAUGACAAAUACACAUUUAGAGAGUAGAUAAGCAUAUUUAGAGGAGAUGUUUGAGGAAGUUAAGCAAGUUAGUGAAGUAAGAUAGAAACUUAAAUUUGAGUAAGAAUAUAUUGAAAAUAUGAAGAUUCCAGAGUUAGAAUAACAAUUGCUAAUUAUGCUUAAUUAAAGACAUUAGUUUAAAGCUUAGAUAGAUACAUCUAGUGAAUCAGUCUUUUCUUUCAAAGCUAAUAAAAGAUUCUACAAUGCCAUAAGAAAUAUUAAUUAAUAAAUAGAACCUCUAGUAUAAAAAUAUUAGUUGCAGAAGAAGACUCCUUACAUUUGGAGAGGAAUAAAUGUAGAAGAACUAUUAUAAGUAGAUAAAUUCGAGGAAGAAAUCGUCCAAAAAGAAGAACUUAGAGAAGAAAUAUAAAAAAAAGUGUUUAAAAAAUUUUGA